CAGAAAACAUCCACAUCAGCUCAAGCGGAUCAAAUGGCGUGAUGAAAGAAGGGUUGAAUUAUACCUUUACAUGCCAGAUAUACGAAAUCGCACCUGUUACAAAUCUCACCGUAUCUUGGUACAAAGGACAUUUUAUCAACUACGCAGAAACUUUAAACAGCGAUGAAAAAGAACCAACCAAUCAGGCAGCUGUCUUCAGUUUUACACCAACGAGAAACGACAACAACGCCACGUUCAGAUGUGAAGCCUUCAUGGACCUGGGGCCAGAAGGACCACAAUUUAAUGUGUCCUCACAAGAGUAUCAAAUUCAAGUUUUGUAUGGACCAGAGCAGAUCUGCCCUUCGAGUUAUACAGUACCAGAACACUCUCCUCACAAUCUAAAAUGCACUCGGGGCUUUCCUGAACCCGAUGAGAUCUGGUACAAAGAUGAUGAGGAGGUGAAACUACCAGAGAUUCUGACAAUAGGAGAUUCAGGGCAAUAUUGGGUCACAGCCACAAAUUCUAACGGAGGGAUCAACUUCACAGUGGAUAUCAGUGUUCAUUAUCCACCAUCAGACAUAAAUGACCUUGAAGAUGCUGUGGUGGACGUUGGUGAUAAUCUUACGCUGAAGUGUUCUUCUGUCAGUUCUCCACAACCCAAAUACUCCUGGAAUUAUUACCAGGUAUCCCAUGUAAGAGAAAGCGCUGACGAUGGCGUAUCCUUUCUGCAUAUUCACAAUGCUACUGGAUACAACACGGGCUUCUACACGUGUAAUGCUUGGAAUGAGAGAGGAAGUUUCGCCAAAACUGUAAAAGUCACUGUAAAAGGCGCAAGACAAGAAUGUCCCAUUACAAUAAAACCGGAGAUGAUGGUGGUGCAGUAUCAAAGCAUCAUGGAGUCUGCGACGUGUGAAACCAAUGACCCCACGCAGCUUAAGAAGCUCUACUGGCAGGAUGCAAAGGGGACCAAAAAACUAGGUGAAAGCUGGCGUGCUGACCCUCAUAAUGACUGGGACCCGAACCCUACUUGUCACGCAGACUUUCAGGGAAUAGGACCGUGCCAAAAAACUUUACUGUACACUCUCUACAAAACACCGGACAUGGUUUCUAUCCAUGCUGUGGAUAACACAAGCGAAAUGCUGAAAGAUGGAGAGCUGCAGCUGCAGUGUGACAUCAUCAACGUCGCUCCGGCACAAAACCUCACCGUGCGGUGGAUAUGGAUAAAAGGGACUGACAACGGCACUCUGGAAGGCAACAACAUGAAUUGCAACACGGACACAAUCAGAUCUCCUGUAAAUGUGUCCUGCACCAUAGACAUCCCACUGAACAGCAUUUACAACCGGACCGAGAUCAGAUGUGAGGCAAACUUGGACCUGGGACCUGAGGGGCCCCUCGCAAAGGAUCAAUCCAACUCUAUUGUCUUCUAUGAACCUCGAAUUAAAACUAAACAGCUUCCGGAGAAGGUUCCGGUCAUCAGAGGUUACUCGGAGACGCUUCUUUGUGAGGCGGAUGGGAACCCCCCUCCAAAGAUCCACUGGUCCUUCACUUCAAAGUCGGCACAUCUAAACUCUGAUGCCAAUCUCACCGUGUUGGAGCCAGGCCUCUACAACUGCACUGCUACUAAUGUGCUCAAUUCCCACACCCACAUGGUCCAAGUGAUUUUAAAAGAGGACUACCUUCCCCUCAUUGCUGGAUUUGUAGCGGUCACAGUGGUGGCCAUCUCCAUCGUCUUCCUCUUCAUCUACUCCAUCUACUACAAGAACACCAAGAUGCGACGCUACAGCCUUAAAAACCCCAAGCUCAGCACUCAUACUGGCAACGUGGCUCACAACGGCUGGGACACGCAGUUCCCCAUGACCAAACUGUCUUAUGUUUAUAAUCGACCUACGUAUGAGGUUACCUUGGCUUUGGAGCAGUGGUGGACAGUAAUUCUGUUCUGGAAGGCGGAAAGUGCCGGUAAAUUACAGGUCACGCCUCCUGUAGUAGCAGUGAGAUUUGGAGACUCGUUAUCAGCCAAUUGCAACACAUCUGAGAGCCAGAUCUUCGGGAUGGGCUGGGAAUCACCGUAUGGAGGAACAGGCCUUGUAAAAGAUGUUUCUUCAGUACCCUUUAAGCUUGACGAAGUCCAAGUCUGGAAACUUAAUCCAUUGUGUUAUAUCACUCUCAGUAAUGAUGAGCAGGUUACUGAAAAACUGGAAGUCAUUAUUUAUAAAAUGCCAGAUGUGGUGUCCCUGUCUCUUCCUGAGAGCAAAAUGGUGGAGGGUAAACAGUACAGCCUAAAGUGUGACAUUGUCAAGGUUGCACCAGUGGAACGACUCUCUGUUGUUUGGUACAAAGGAAAAGAAAGGUUCUUUACUGAGACAUUUGACUCUCAAAACGAUCCAGUCGAUCGCUCGUCUUUCGUUAACGUGACGGCCCACAGAGAUGAUGAUGGGACUGAGAUCUGGUGUGAGGCAGUGAUAAACCUGGAGCCAGCAGCUCAAACUUCACCUACGACGCGAUCAGAUUCACUUGGCAUGAAUGUGCUCUAUCCCCCAACCUUCAGUCAUCCUGAAAAUGAGACGCUGAAUAUUCCUCCCGGUGGACCAAUAGCUAUAAACUGCACAACAAGAGCAAACCCACCUCCAGUUUACAGCUGGCAUUCCUUAAACGACGCGCAAAGUACAAAUCAAAAAGGGAAUGGGUCCAUCUUUACUCCAUCUUCCCCACGCUCAGGGAUCUACAGCUGCACAGCUUCUAAUAAGCUAGGCAGCAGCACCAAGUAUUUCACUGUCAUAGAAGAAAAAUGGUCUCGAACAACAUUUGGAGCCAUAUUGGGGGUAUUUCUGUUCCUGGGGGUCCUGCUCGUCAUUGCUGGUAUACUUUUUGUGAAAAGUAAUGGAUCGUUUUCUUGCAACAAAGGCAGUUAUUCCAGAGGAAACCCUUCUCCUUCAGGACCUUUACUGGGAGGGAUCUUUGUUUCGUUCCAACAUAGUUCCCUCCAGAGUUGCCAAGGUUGUUCAAGUUGGAAUUUUCUCUCUCGACGGCUCAGUGCAGAAAAUACCAUGGGAAACAUCAUUCUGAUAUGGAUUACAAUGUUUUUUAUGUUUUACUCAGUAUCAGGUGAAGGUUGUUCCCUCCUUCUAAAGCCGUCUAGGGUUGUGGUGGGUUUUGGGGACCCGGUGUCGGUCGUCUGUGAAGCUACACGGCCAGUUCGUGUCCUCGGUUGGGAAUCGGCCAUCAGUUCCACACACACACAGGAGAGCCAGUCUGUCCAGUGGAAGGUUGACAGUCUUAUAGACUGGAUAGAGGAACCCAUCUGCUAUGGGGUGUUUUUCACAGCUCCAAGACAGUGUGAGGAGAAAGUCAACCUCGUCCUCUUCAAAAUUCCAGACGGUGUGUCCAUCAGGCAGGUAAACCACACAGGUCCUAUGGUUGAAGGAAAAGAGUACCAGCUGCUCUGUGAGGUGCAGAAUAUUGCUCCUGUUCAGUAUCUCACCCUGAGGUGGUACAGAGGCCAAACCGAGGUUUACAACCAUUCUUUCUCUGACCUAACAUCUUCCUCACCUGUCCAAGUGUCUUCCACUCUUCUCAUCACACCAACUAAAUUUGAGAAUGAAGCAAAGUAUAAGUGUGUGGCAGAGCUUGAGCUUGGACCAGAGGGACCGCAGCCACCUCCUACCGUAACCUCAGAAUCUCUCACUGCAUCUGUGUAUUAUCCACCUACAUUCUUCAAUCCUGAAACAGAAGUUUUGGACUUAACAGCAGGGGCUGAAAUCACCUUAAACUGCACAGCUAUGGGAAACCCUGCACCUGUAUACAGUUGGCAGUCUUCGAAUUCCUUGCAAACGAUGAUGGAGGACGAUGCAGUUGUUAUCUCCUCAUCACUGCUCCAAGGAACGUACACCUGCACUGCCUCCAAUAAACUGGAAAAGAAGAUCAAGGAGUUCAUUGUCAAAGAAAAGACCAAAGGUGUUUGACGAAAAAGGUGUCUUGACACACGCUUAUAGCCACAACACAGGGAGCAUUCCACAGAGAGGGUUUUACAAUUGCUGCUUUUUGAGGUGAAAAUCAUAAUACAUUUGUGAUCCAUGGAUGUUAGCGGAUCCUGCCAUCAUCCAGAAAUUAGAUCUCGUAGAGAAAAAUGCCUAGAAUUGCUUUUGGUGACUACAUUUAAUGUGUCUGAAUUAUUAAGACUAUAGUUUACUUUUAAGGCAUUAUCUUUGAUAUUGUUUAUCUAAUUUAUAUUUUUACUAGAUUCAUUUUCCCACUAAUAAGAUGAAAUAAUGUAACAUAACUAAAGCGUAACUACGCUUAAUAUUUCAGUGACUGCCUACAAGUUGAUGUUGUAAAUAUGUGAUGUUUCUCAGUUUU